AUGGGUAAGAAGACCAAAGCGAAAACCCAUGUGAGAGAUGGCAUCAUGGACUUCAUUCAUCGUCUGGAGGACUUCUUGCAAAAACCUGGACCGAUCGAUGGAAAUCAAAUAAAAAUUCGAUUGGAAAAACUGGAAGAGAAAUGGAAAGAAUUCGAAGAAAUACAAUGCGAAAUCGAAUUCUCAGAGGAACAAGAGGAGAACAUGGAGCUCCACAGCCAAGUCACCACAGAGUUUGAGGAGAAAUAUUUUGAGGCUCUCAUCGAUUCAUCCCCGGAUUUGAGUGGUAUACAAAAGUUUCACUAUUUACGGGCUUCUCUAAAGGGCGAUGCACUCAAGCUGGUAGAUUCAUAUCCGAUGAGCGAGUCAAAUUAUAGGGUUGCGUGGUCCGGAUUAGUUUCGCGAUUCCUCAAGAAAAGGCACAUGAAUUCUUUACUAGAGUAUCCAAAAAUGAAAAGAGAGUGUGCUGUUGGAAUUCACGAUUCAAUCGAUAGUUUCGAACGCAAUACAAAAAUUUUGGAUCAACUAGGAGAACAAACUAAAGGUGGUUGGGGUGCAAUGUUAACUCAUUUGAUGGUCUCGAAAUUGGAUGAUUAUACACAAAAACAUUGGGAGGAGCAUGCUACGCAUCAUGAUAAUCCUUGCUAUUCAUUGUUGAUCGAAUUUCUGAAGAAUCGAACAAGAGUUCUCGAUGCGGUGUCUGUUGAUCAGCACGCUUCCGGUACAACAGCUUCGACGACACUAAACAAGCUACGUCCAGUGAAGGUUUCGGUCAACUCGGCGACUGGAAUUAGGGUUCCCAACUGUGCGGUCUGCAAUGAAAAACAUUAUUUGACGCAGUGUCCAUCGUUCAGCAAACUAGAUGUUGAUAAGCGACUUAGAAUAACAAACUCGAAACGGCUUUGCAGUAACUGUUUAGGGAGAAGUCACAUGGCCCGAGGCUGCCCGUCGAAAUAUCGGUGUAAAACAUGUUCGAAGAAACACCAUACGCUUUUGCAUCCCGGUUUUCCUGCAUCUGGUUCUGGUUCCUCUCCUGCACCUUCGAACUCCAAUGCGCAUUAUCCAGUCCCAUCGACAUUUGGUGGUACAACAAACUCUGGUGGGUUGGGUUCAAAUUCGGUGGAAUCGUCUUCAAUCAAUGUAGCGAUGAGAUCUUCUGCAUCACACGUCCUCUUGCUUACGGUAUUGCUGAAGGUGCAAGAUAAUUUUGGGAAGAUGCAAUUGGCUCGAGCUCUCCUGGACUGUGGCUCUCAGGCCAAUUUGAUGUCUGAAAAUCUGUGUCAACUGCUGAGGCUUCCUAGACGAGAUAAAAACGUCGAAAUAAGCGGAAUUGGACAAUCAAAAAGACAAUCGGUAUGCGAAGUGUCAACAACAAUCUCCUCACGUGUUCAAGAAUACACGUUGCCAUUGAAUUUCCUCGUCUUGGAUCGAAUCACAGACGAUCAACCAUCAAUCUCUCUUCCGUUGAAGUACUGGAAUCUCCCCGCAUCAAUGAAACUCGCUGAUCCAAAUUUCAUGAGGUCAGGUCCCAUAGACAUGAUUUUAGGAUCUCAAUUCUUCUACGAAUUUCAUCUCCUGGAUGGUGGCCGGAGGCAAAUGAAGAAAUUGAAUCAUAGUUUGCCAUCGUUCGUAAAAACAGUUUUUGGUUGGGUGGCUGCUGGAGAAAUUCAAUGGAAUGAAAUGGAAAGAAUUGGUUGUAACGUUGCUCUGACUGAUCCCCUGGAAAAAGCAAUAGAGAAAUUUUGGAAAAUAGAAGAAUUUCAAAGUAAAAUCCCACGGUCACAGGAAGAAGAAGAUUGUGAAUUGCACUUCCUAAAUACUAUCGCCAGAGACGAAAAUGGUCGCUUCGUGGCUCAGUACCCUAAAACUGCGAAUUUUCACGAGAUGAUUGGGGACUCAAAAGGUACAGCAUUACGGAGAUUUCACCAAUUAGAAAAACGGUUAGAGAAAGAUGUUACAUUGGGAAGCAAAUACAAUGAAUUCUUAGAAGAAUAUUUGGAAAGCGGACACAUGAAAUUAAUUGGUGAAGCAGAGGAAAAUUUGGACAAACAUAAGCCACACCAUCCAGUCUUCAAAGAAUCCAGUACUACCACCAAACUUCGGGUGGUAUUUGAUGGGUCUGCAAAAACGACAACAAACCGUUCCCUUAAUGAUGCACUGCUCACAGGUCCCGUGAUUCAAGACGAUCUUUUCGAAUUGAUGGUUCGAUUCCGAAAAAAUGCAGUUGCUCUGGUGGCCGACAUCGAGAAGAUGUACAGAUUGCUGGCUAUCAUACUAUCGGACAUUCAACCAGUGUGUCCGCUCUAUUCGCUAUGGACCAGUCAGCUGUUGGCAUUGAGAAAAUCCCUGCUCUGCAACCGCCGUCCUGUAGCAGCAGAUGACCCUAUUGUGUCAAAUUUUGCAGCAAGGUUCUGUCGCAAUUACGAGUUCAGCAACCGGAACCAACAUGUUACCGUGAAAAUCUACAUAAGUGUAGAUGAACAAUGA